UUGCGUUGCACGCUUUGUUGGUGUUUAGUGGCUUAUUAAUUGGCUAAAUAUUGAUAACGAAAUAAUAACACUCUCAAGAGCGGUUGCACGGGAGAAAUAAAGAUAUUAACAAGAUUAUUGAACAAGUUUUAUUUUCGAGAUGUAGAGUGACAAGAAGUGCUGCCGGUAGUAGUUCAACUGCUUAGUUGUUGCGAUAAACAAGUUUGGAAGUUUGACUACGUGGAUGGAUGUGCGCUUUUUAAUUCAAAUUUUAAACCUAACAAAAGUAAAAGUGAAAUUGCUUUAAAAUUCCAAACUUAACAUUAAACACACAAAUUUAGUUAGUGAUUAUGCCCAAAGUGCAAAGCAGCACAAGCUAUACGGACGGGCCAACAUAUAUUAACGCCGAGCAAAGCAACGCCAUGCAGUUCAUCCCUCGUCGAGCCGUCAUCAAUUUGACCAAAAAUGCGCUGCACUCAACAAUGAAAUCUUCACUGCCCAGCAUUACGUCUGCGGCACAACAACACGCAUUGGACAAACGUUUCUAUUCGAUUUCUGAAGGACCACAAAAACAAAAUCUACUACGUUACCCUGCAUUUCCGCUCAAAGAUACGCUGGAAAAGUUUCUAAAAACUGUGGAACCGCUGCUUAAUGCAUGCGAACUAAACGAAACACGGGAAGCAGUAAAGAAAUUCGAGACGGGUGAAGGCGCUGAAUUGCAAGCGCUGCUGGAGAAGGCUGCAAAAUGUGAAGAAAAUUGGUUAGCCAAACGUUGGCUGAAAGCCGCUUAUCUGCAGUAUCGUGAUCCAGUUACCGUUUAUGUUAGUCCUGCUAUGACAUUUCCACCACAGAGUUUCAAUGAUGAUGAAGCCUAUUUAAAUUACGCUGCCAAAGUGGUCUACAGUUUGGCGCGUUAUAAGCAAAUCAUCGAUGCUGGUGAAAUACCGAUAGUGAAAAUGGGUCAAUACGAGUUGGACAAUUCGCAAUUUAGCAAAGUUUACGGUACCUGUCGUAUACCACAAAAAGGUGAAGAUCAACUGGUGUAUAAUCCCAAGUCAUUGCAUGUUGUUGUGCUAUAUAAAAAUCAUUUCUACAAAGUGCCCAUAUUCAAUAACAAUGGUGUAGCCUUACAUCCGGAUGUGUUAUUGACGCUGUUUAAAAAAAUCAUUGCCACUGAGACGAAGAAAGGCAUUGAAUUUGGUGUAUUAACAACGGAUACACGCGAUAAUUGGGCACAAGCUUACGAGGAGCUGAUUAAAAUCGACGACAAUAAGGAGUAUGUUAAAACUAUACAAAGCGCACUCUUCACGGUGUCACUGGAUGAAUGCGUUGAUGUGGAAAAAGAUCAAUUCUUUAAUGAACUAAGUGCUCAAUUAAUACAUGGUGGGGGAGCGCACGUGAAUAGCGCCAAUCGUUGGAUGGAUAAAACGAUACAAUUGGUUUUGAAUCGCAAUGGCAUGAGUGGAUUUUGCUAUGAGCACUCGCCGGCUGAAGGUCAACCCAUCGCGAAUAUUACAGAUUAUGUGACCAAGAAUUUGUUCAAUGACAAACACUAUGAAAAUAGUGCACGUGACAAUUAUCCUUGUGCUGCAAAGCUAAAACUAAAAAGCAACAACACUUUAAACCGUUAUAUUGAACAAGCAAAGAAGAAUAUUAAAGAAUUAUCCGAAAAUUUGCAUGUUAAUAUUUUACACUUUCAAGACUAUGGCAAAGGUUUUUUGAAAAAGCAAAAACUCAGUCCGGAUAGUUACAUACAAAUUGCCCUGCAGUAUGCCUAUUACAAACUCCACAAAGUGCCAGCCGCACAAUACGAAUCGGCACAUUUGCGCAUAUACAUUUACGGUCGUACCGAAACCAUACGUUCGUGUUCAAAUGAAUCGGUAGCCUUUGCCAAAGCAAUGUUGGACGAGUGCGCGGAUUCAAAGAAACGUGUAGAAUUGUUACGUGCCGCUAUAAAUAGUCAUCGCAAUUACACGACAAACGCACUGCAGGGUAAAGGUGUUGAUCGCCAUUUGCUGGGCUUGAAAUUGAUGGCUCUUGAGAAUAAGAAACCCAUACCGGAAUUCUAUAAAUCACCGGGUUAUGUGAAGAGUUUAAUCUUUCGUGUAUCCACCUCACAAGUGGCCACGCCGAAUUUGGGUUUCAUGGCUUACGGCCCAGCUACGGAUGAUGGUUAUGCCUGUUGUUAUAAUCCACGUGAAAAUGAUAUGAUUUUGGCAUGCACCUGUUGGCGCAAUAAUCACACAACUGACGUGGAUAGAUUUGCCUGUGUAUUGCGUGAGGUGCUACUUGAAAUGCAGCAACUGUUGAUAGAUGCUGGGGAAGGAGCGACUUCAAAAUUGUAGUUCCUUGAUGGGAUAUAAGCGGAUUUAAGAGACAUCAACACUUUUUUUUUGUGCUGAAUUUAAGUGCCUUCAAGUUUACUGCGCUCAUAUUAUUUUUACCAUUUUUUUUUUUUACUUUAAUAAAAUUAAAAAUGAAUAUUUUUGUUUAAAAA